UUUCGUCUUCUUCGUGUCUAUGCUGAUUGAUGAUGAGAAGGAAAAUACACAAUUUGAGAGAAACGGGACAAAGAAGACUUCGACGUCAAACUUGAAGAAAAACUCCCGCCAUUGCCGCGUUCAGACACCACCACCAAUUUCAGACAAAAGACCCAGUCUCAGAUAGAGAGAGAAACAAACAAACAAACAAACAAAGACCUCUCUCAAACACACGCAGGGCCAGCCAGCCAGCCAGAAACCCUCAUCUCAGCUCCUCCUGUUGUUUCUUCAAUCCAACAUUUAUGCGUAACAUUGAUCCACACAUGAAAUACUCAAGAGGCAAGAGACUUCUUUUCUUCAAAUCCAAACUAGGGUUACCUACCAUCUUCCUCCUAUGCUCCCUCUUCUUUGUCGCUGGCCUCUUCGGAUCCACUCUCCUCUACCGACCGAAUACGCCGGCAGUUGAAUCGGAACCCAAAUGGCAAGAAUCCGUUUCGGAUCCUAGAUUAGUUGAAACGGUCGAAUCAUCAGAGCGGAGGGUGGUGGAAGCUGUCGAGGAAGAGGAAAAUGAUGUUUCAAUGUCUCAUGGAACGUCUGGGGAGGACAAAAUUUCCCCGAUCGCCUUUCAGAUUUUGAGCUGGGAACCUCGAACUGUCUACUUUCCUAAUUUUGCAUCAGCAGAACAAUGCCAAAGUAUAAUCCAAAUUGCACAACCAAAGUUAAAGCCAUCAUCUUUAGCAUUAAGGAAAGGAGAAACUGCUGAGAGUACCAAAGGAGUAAGAACAAGUUCAGGAACAUUUAUCAGUUCAGAUGAGGAUGAAACUGGAACAUUGGAGGCAGUUGAGAGAAAAAUUGCAAGGGCUACAAUGGUUCCAGCAAACCAUGGAGAGGCAUUCAAUAUUUUACGUUACGAAAUUGGACAAAGAUAUGUUUCUCACUAUGAUGCCUUCAACCCGAGUGAAUAUGGCCCACAGAAGAGCCAAAGGUUAGCUUCCUUUUUGUUAUAUUUAUCUGAUGUGGAAGAAGGUGGGGAAACUAUGUUCCCAUUUGAGAAUGGAUCGAACAUGGAUGGGAACUAUGAUUAUGAAAAAUGCAUUGGUUUGAAGGUGAAGCCAAGGAAAGGAGACGGCCUUCUCUUCUAUUCGCUAUUUCCAAAUGGCACAAUCGAUAGGAGAUCUCUCCAUGGAAGUUGUGCUGUUGUUAAAGGGGAGAAAUGGGUAGCUACUAAGUGGAUCAGAAAUGAAGAACAAUUUGAUUGAUUUAUUUUGUAAGAAUAAAUAAUAUAAUAUCCCAUAUUUUUGGGUGGUGUUUUAUUAUAAUAUAACAAUGGCAUACAAUUAA